AUGGCGGGCUUUGGACUGACAUCGCCGACUUCAGGCCAGCAGCCGCCGAGUGCUAUCGACCUCAGUCGCUUCUCCGAUUCCGAAUCCGAGGAACAGACCUCUCGUUCCCCUGCGAGGACACCGUCCGAAUUCUUGUCUUCAGCUUUCCGCGGCAUCAAGAAGAUCACUCCCGGUCGAGACGAGUUUGCGAGGCUCACGCGCCAACCUUCACAGCGCGGUCUCCGACGGCCUUCUGAGCCCUACAUUCCCGCCGCAGAGCGACCUUCCAUAUCCUCUCCCAUCCCUAUACAAUCUCCAAACCCAUUGAAGGCGCAACAUGCACGGAGCCUGAGUCUUCAAGACAGUCUUGCAAAACCUUUACCGGAACCUCCCCCACCAACGCUCUCCCCAACGAGCCCAUCAACGCCUACGCCAUUCACUCAGCAGCCGCUGGAAACGAUUGAGGACACAGAAGAAAGCUGGAUGGACACUAGUCGAACGAGCACCAUGGAUUCGGCAUCGUCGAUGGAGAUGGGAGGUGGCGGCAUGUAUAUGAGAUCACAGGAUACCGCACGCCAGGAUGUCAGCAUGAGCAGCAGUCAGAGCAGCUUCGCAAGUGUGCACAGAUCAGAAGCAGGAGAUGGACGCCAUGAGAACUUGACGCCGAGGAGUAAUGGGCCAAUGUCCGCUGGCCCCUCCCCCAACGGUGGCCAGGGGAGAUCACAGGCAGCCGGUGGCGGUGGGCCGCAACCAAUGCCCUCGCCAUCACAGCAUUUGUCGGGUUUGAUGUGCAAUGUGCACCGGACAACAGGCAGAGAGCCACCGCCUCUUGUUGGUGCUACAACCACAGUCUUGGGAGACAAACUAUUCCUGGACCUCAUCCGGCGACACUGGUCCAAAAUCGAGACAACCGGAGAUGUUCCCCCACCUCGGUAUUUCCACUCCAUGUGCGCUCUCGGCGACACGAAACUUGUUUGUUAUGGUGGUAUGUCCCCGAUAGCGAACCAAAACACAAUAACGCAAGAUCAACAGCCCGAGGUCAAGGUCAUGUCGGACAUAUACAUUUACGACGCGCCGUCAAGGAAGUGGACCUUUGUUCAGACACAAGAUGCUCCUCAGGGACGAUAUGCCCACUGCGCCUGCAUUCUCCCGUCGUCGGCCGCUUUCGCGUCCCACAGGGCCCCGUUCUCAGCGCUUCAGCAUAAUCCUUCAUCGGGGAACCCCAAUGAGGGCCGCAUUGGAAUCAAUAUUGAUGGGACUGACGGCGCAGAAAUGGUGGUUAUAGGAGGCCAAGAUGCCGCGAAUCACUACAUCGAGCAGAUUAGUGUCUUCAACCUGCGAAGCCUCAAGUGGGUUUCAACCGAACAGCUGGGCAAGAGCUGCGGUGCGUAUAGAAGUGUGGUUGCUCCCCUGCCACCAUCCCUCGCGGCAAAGAUCGGCAAGCCACACCCGGUUAGCGGGCGGCAGGACCCAGGAGCUACUACUCAGGAGGCCAAGGAUGCUGGAUCGAGCAUGCUGAUUUACAGCAACUACAACUUCCUUGACGUCAAACUGGAGUUGCAAGUGAGAUCGAGUGAUGGAACCCUUGUUGAAACGACGAUGAAGGAGCAAUACAGUCCGCCGGGAUUGCGAUUUCCCAAUGGAGGAAUCAUCGAUCACUACUUCGUAGUCAGCGGUACCUACCUCACUUCGUCGAAGCAGGAGUAUGCACUCUGGGCGUUGGAUCUACGGAACCUAAGCUGGAGUAGGAUCGAUGCCGGAGGCGCUGUUUUCAGUCAGGGAAGUUGGAACCGAGGAGUGUUGUGGAACAGGAGGAACACGUUCGUCGUCUUGGGACACCGAAAGAGAAGCCUUGUGGAUGACUAUAACCAUCGGCGCAUCAACUUCAGCAAUGUCUGCAUGGUAGAGCUGGAGGCCUUUGGUUUUUACGAUAACCCACGGAAAACGGCGCCCAUGAGCGGCUUCGUCAGCGCCAGUAGUCCUUAUACCGGUCCUGGUUUGAGUCUAGCCCGUAAGGCGGGCUUUACUGCCGGCGGUAGACAACACAGUCGCGCUGCUGAAGAGCUCGGAGAGAAGGCGCUUACGAUGCGGGAGUUGGCGGACAUGGAUAUUUUGUGCAUAGGGGGCGAACGGAUCCCUGUCAACUCUAGGAUUGUUGCCAGGCGAUGGGGGCCGUACUUUGUCCAGCUCCUCCGGGAAGGGACAGCCUGCCAGGACGGUAGCGACGUCAUGACACUCAGAUCCAACUCCAUUUCGGCGUCUUCUGGCAUGGGCCGCAGCUCCAACAUGACACCCACGCCCGGAAACAGGAGUACCAUGGAGAGUCAGAUGUCGAUAUACUCGGGCAGUAGCUCAACUGGCAAGCCGCCCAGCACCGCCGCUACAUCGGUUGCGGGAAGCAUCAUGUCACCAACGGGUGUAGACGCUGCCGCGCUCAACUCUGCACCAACACCGCGUACUCUGGCGCCUAACAACCGGCCACGAUGCCUCUAUCUACCGCACACCUUCCUCACCAUCCAAGCACUUCUCCACUUUCUCUAUACCUCCAGCCUUCCCCAGCCUACCUCGCCGUUGUGCACUCCACAAAUUCUCUGCAGCCUCCUUCAAAUAGCGCGGCCGUACCGGGUAGACGGUCUCCUUGAGGCGGUGGUGGAGCGCCUGCAUAACCUACUCGACAGCCGAAACGCAGCCGCAGUUUUCAAUGCUACUGCCAUGGCCGCCGGAGGCGGACGUGGCAUUGACGGUACCCUCAACCCCAACUUCUUCCCGCCUGCCGACCUGGAUGGUCUGGUUAGUCCGACGGGAUCGAUGCCGCCUUCCGCAAACGGCAGUGAGUAUGGUGGCGGCGGCGGUAGCCUCGCUUCAAGGACGGCGGCGUUGCAUAUCAAUACGACCGGGCUUCAGCAGGGCAGGAGACCGUCUAGCGCGGAGUUGAGCGCUACGAACAGCGUGAGUGGAAGUGAGUGGUCAGAUAUGGGGGAGCAUGAAAGGGAACGAGGAGGCGAGAUCUGGUCUGGAGAACUGAGCAGUGUGAUUGGCCUGCAGAAGAGAGGCUUGAGGGGGCUGAUGGAGGGCCGGAGGAUGAGAGAGAGGACGGGAACGAACGUUGGGAUGGGACCGGGAGGACCAGGGCCGAGUGGACAUGGAGGUCCCGGAGGACCGAGCCUUUAUGGAUCAACGCCCACGGCGACAUCUUCUAUGCAACAGAUGCAACAGCGUGUCGGAAUGGGGAUGGGUGGUCCUUGA